AUGCCACCUUCACCUCGACUUGCUCACUUCACCGACCGCCUCGGCCGCUUCUUCCUCGUCGCCAAGCAGCAGCAUGACGGUCGUCGCCGCGCGCGUUGGACGGCCCGCCAGCCAGACAGUGCGCCCGCCGCCAACUUCUUCGGCCAGCGCCCCUACGACGACAUGAACCCGCACGCGCCCCCCUUCUGGCCCAGCGCUGGCCCGCCCGACGGCAGCGACCAGCACGGCACAACCCACCAGCACGCCUACCCCGACUAUGCAGCCCAGGCACAGGCGCACGCCCACUAUCUGCAGUGGGCUCAGUACUACGGCUACAUUGGCUACCCGCCCCAGAACCCGCCAUACUACGGCGCGCCGUCGGCCUUUGUCCAGCACGGCCAGGCCAACUACCCCAACCCCGCCACCGCAUACCACUACGCCCACAUGCAGUCGCACGCCAGCCCUGCGCAGGGGCCCACAGACGAGGAGCUGCACGAUACGUUCGACUCCCUGAUCCACCGCCCGAGACCCACCCAUCGCACUGCUAACCCUCUUGCCAGGGCGUCUGACCAAGAGCUUGACGACUUCAUCCAGAAGAUAGACGGACAUGGCCCCGCCAAGCAGAAGAAGAAGACGAGGGAGAGGAAGGACAGGUACCAUCUCCUCCACCGGCUUGACACUCGGGAGUGUGCCAGUGUUCGUGUUAACAAGCCAUACAGGGCGCCCAGUGAACCGCGAGGCAUGACGGCAAAGGAGAGGCGCAGGGACCCCAAGAUUGCUCUUCCUGCACCUCCACCUACGCCGCUGUAUCUGAGCCAAGCCGCCGAAGAACCCUCGACCCUCGACACCCCAGGCCAGAUGCUCGUCAUCCUCGACCUAAACGGCACCCUCAUCUACCGACCCAAUAGGAACGCGAAGAGCAUGAUUGCGCGCCCCUUCCUGAAGCCGUUCCUGCGCUAUCUGUUCAGUAACUUCCACGUCAUGGUGUGGUCCAGUGCUCGCCCCCACAACGUCGAUUCGCUCGUCACGCAGUGUCUCGACACGGAGCUGCGUUCGAUGCUCGUAGCUAUCUGGGCUCGUGAUUCAUUCAGCCUGUCAGAGCACCACUACAACAUGAACGUCCAAGUCUACAAGAACCUCGAUCUGGUGUGGAACAGCAUCAUCCAGCAGAAACACCCUUACUAUGCCGUCGGGCAGCGCUUUGGACAACACAACACCGUUCUCAUUGACGACUCGUCUCUCAAAGCAAAUGCUCAGCCACACAACCUGCUCGAGGUUCCCGAAUUCAAGGCUGAUCUCCAAGACGUGAAGCAAGAUGUGCUGCGCGAGGUUGCUGGCUACCUCGAGUUUUUGAGGACGCAAGCAGAUGUGUCAAAGUUCAUCAGCAAAGACCCUUUCAAGUUCGACGGUCGCUGGCAGUACGCCUGGCCGUGCGAGACUACCGAUGCCGAGGGGGGCAAGCUGGAGAGCCAGGUAUCGCUCCAUACUGCUUAA